CAUGGUUCAGUGCCCCCCAAGCCCCAGCCUACCCCAGCAUCCCCUGCGCGCUGAAGCUGGGUGCCCCGGGGAGCCUGGCCACCAUGCCACCUCCUCUCCUCCUCUCCUUCGUCCUCUUCCUCACCCCGAUGGGAGUCAGACCUCUGGAACCAGUGAUGGUGGAGGUGGAAGAGGGAAGUGACCUCAUGCUGCCGUGCCUCUUGAACCUCUCAGAUAGUUCCCCUGACACACUGACCUGGUAUCGGGAGUCAAACUCCUUUUUAGAGCUGAGCCCAGGGACCCCAGGCCAGGCCUUCUAUGUGGGGCCUAUGGGCAUCCUACUCCUCCUCUUCAAUGUCUCCGAGCACAUGGGGGGCUUCUACUUCUGCCAGAUGCCAUCUGCCCCCUGGCAACCUGGCUGGACAGUCACCGUGAACGGCAGUGGGGAGCUGUUCCGGUGGAAUGCUUCAGACGUAGGCAGCCCAGGCUGUGGCUUAAGGAACAACUUGCCAGAGAUUGUGCAUGUGUGGGACAAAGAUGAAGGCAAAGCCAAGCAAUGGGACAUGAUGUCUGCUUGCACUCCCCUGAGGGACAGUCUAAAUGACAGUCUCAGCCAAGACCUCACCGUGACACGCGGCUCCACACUCUGGCUGUCCUGUGGGGUGGCCCCUGUCCCCAUGACCACAGGCUCCAUCUUCUGGAGCCACACGCGUCCUGAGCCCAGCGGCAUCCUAUUGUCUAACCUCACCCUGAAGGCCAAGUCCCCAGUAAGAGAGAUGUGGGUUGCGGAGCAUCUUCUGGUGCUGUCACGGGUAACAGCCCACCAUGCUGGGAAUUACCACUGCGAACGGGGAAACCGGAGCAUCUAUCUCACAGUCACGGUGCAGCCAGCACUAUGGCAUUGGUUGCAAAAGAAAAAUGGCUGGAUGGUCCCAGUGGUGACUCUGCUGUAUCUUAUCUUCUGUCUGAUCUGCUUGGUGAGCUUUCUUCAUCUGCGAAGAGCCUUGAUCCUGAGAAGGAAAAGAAAGAGAAUGACUGAUCCCACCAGGAGGUUUUUCAAAGUGACGCCACCCCAAGGAAACGGGGCCCAGAAUCAGUAUGGGAACGUGCUGUCCCUCCCCACGCCCACCUCUGGCACUGGGCGCACCCAGCGCAGGGCGGCAAACCUGGGGGGCGCCGCCUCAUCCUACGGAAACCGGCUGAACGACGAGGUCGGAGCCGCCGCGGGGUCCUGGAGCCUGCCGAGAGCCAGCCCAGAAGAGGAGGAAGGCGAAGCUUACGAGGAGCCAGACAGUGAGGGGAACUCCGAGUUCUACGAGAACGACUCUGGCCCCGCGCAGGACCAGCUCUCCCAAGACGGCAGCGGCUAUGAGAACCCUGAGGAAGGGUCCGUGGGUCCGGAAGACGACGACUCCUUCUCCAAUGCUGAGUCCUAUGAAAAUGAAGAUGAGGAGCUGGCCCAGCCGGUCACCAGGACAGUAGACUUCCUGAGCCCCCACAGUUCUGCCUGGGACCCCAGCCGGGAAGCCAUCUCUCUGGCAGGGUCCCAGUCCUAUGAGGAUAUGCGAGGAAUUCUGUAUGCGGCUCCCCAACUCCGCACCUCACGGCCUGGCCCUUCUCAUGAGGAAGAUGCAGACUCUUAUGAGAACAUGGAUAAUCCUGAUGGACCAGAACCAGCAUUGUGGGGAGCAGGGGGGACCUGGAGUACCAGGUGACCCCCA